ACUACUCGACGAGUACAUAACAUAAUUGGUGACGGGGAAAACUCUAAUAACUCACUCAGCAGCAUUACAUAACAGUUCUACAUUGACUGUACACUCUCUGUCUCCCAUACCUUCCUGAACAGCCCAGUUAGAGCCAUUGUGAGAGUCUCACCACCAUCUUUAAAAAGAGCCGGGCGCCUUAUGGCGUUUCAACACUCGGAGUUCCUUACGGACCCCCGCUUCGGUGGGUGGGUCGGUACUAACCGACCAAGGAGCACUGAGGCUAAUGACAGUAGACACUGAAGCUAAACUGCUUCCAGAAGUGCUCUGCCCAGCGUUCCAGGCGUCUUUUCAAGCUGGUAAUUGGCAUGCCAUCUGCCUCACAGACUGUCUCGCUGACACCUUGUUUCUUGCUGCCGGUGGCUCGGAUGAGUUGGAAGAGCUUCCGGCUGUUGCCAGAUGCAGCAGCUGACUCCAUCUCACACGCACGUUCUGACCACCAGGCUUCGCGGUCCUUACGUAAACACUGUCUAAUCUUUCGCGCGAGCGUCUUUCGCUUAUUGUUGUAUUCGCUGCCAGCCGGAAUGGACCGGCGUUCAUCCAGGAGUUGCAAGGCACUCGCAGAAACCCAGUGGUUUUUAGCGGAGAAUUCUUUCAAGCCGCAUGGCACCUUGCAGAUGGAGCCAAUGUUCAUCUAUACUACUUGGGGGGUUUCUGGCAAGCAUUGAUUGUAACUCAUUCUGAUAUUUCAAAGAAGUAGCAGGUGCUACUAGUUUGCUCACAUCAACGUUUAGACGACGGCUUUUAUGAACCCCACCAAAUCGCAAGACGAACUUGGCACACACUAACGCA